AUGAAUCGUCUCGGCGCGCUCAAGAGCGCCUCGGGGUCGCACGGCUCCUACGUCGACCUGACCAAGUUCGAGGUUCAGGAGAAGCACGUCCUCGAGAACCUCAGCGAGAGCAACCUGCAGUCGCUGGCGGCGGACGCUCCCGCGAACCACAAGUUCAAGACGAGGAUCGUGUGCACCCUCGGGCCGGUGUCGAGGGACGUGCCCAAGCUCGAGGAGAUGCUGAGGAAGGGGAUGAACAUCGCGCGCUUCAACUUCUCGCACGGCAGCCACGAGUACCACCAGGAGACCCUCGACAAUCUCAGGAUCGCGAGCAAGAACACCGGCAUCCGAUGCGGCGUGCUCCUCGACACCAAGGGACCGGAGAUUCGCACCGGCAUGCUCGACCACGGCGAACCGGUAUUUCUGGAGAAGGACUCCGAGGUGAAGCUCACCACGGACUACGCCACCAUCGGCAACAAGAACCUCGUCGCCGUGUCCUACCCCUCGCUCGCUAGGGACGUAGCUCCCGGAUCGCAGAUCCUCUGCGCCGACGGCUCGAUCACCUUCACCGUGCUCUCGUGCGACGUGGACAACGGCACCGUACAGGUGAGGUGCGAGAACAGCGCCAAGCUCGGCGAGCGCAAGAACAUGAACCUCCCCGGCGUCAACGUCGACCUUCCCACCAUCACCGAGAAGGAUCGCGACGACAUCAUCAACUGGGGCGUCAAGAACAAGGUGGACUUCAUCGCCGCCUCUUUCGUGCGCAAGGGCUCCGACGUCGAGUACAUCCGCGAGGUGCUCGGCGACGCCGCCAAGGACAUCUACAUCAUCUCCAAGGUGGAGAACAUGGAGGGCCUCGACAACUUCUCCGACAUCGUGGCCAAGUCCGACGGCGUCAUGGUCGCGCGCGGCGACCUCGGGAUGGAGAUUCGCAUGGAGCAAAUCUUCCUCGCGCAGAAGCGCAUGAUCAAGCGCUGCAACGAGGCCGGCAAGUUUGUCAUCACCGCCACCCAAAUGCUCGAGUCCAUGACCGGCGCGCCCCGCCCCACCCGCGCCGAGGCCACCGACGUCGCCAACGCCGUCCUCGACGGCACCGACUGCGUCAUGCUCUCCGGCGAAACCGCCGCGGGCAACUACGCCGUCGAGGCCAUCUCCGUCAUGGCCGACAUCUGUCAGGAGGCCGAGGCCUACGUCGACAACGUCGCCACGUUCAAGAACCUCAUGGACCACCAGACCUUCCCCAUGGGCACCGUGGAGACGGUCGCGUCGUCCGCCGUGCGAUCGUCGCACAAGGUUUCGGCGUCCCUCAUCGUCUGCCUCGCCGAGUCCGGCAGCACCGCGCGUCUAAUCGCCAAGUACCGCCCCGCGUGCCGCAUCGUCUGCCUCUGCAUCCCCUACCGCGACGGGCGCGCGCACGACCCGGAGUCCGUCGCCAGGAGGCUCAAGGCUAACCGCGGCGUCAUCACGUUCGUGUCCAAGGAGCUCCUGCCGACGCCGGGUGAAAACCUCGCGCUCUGCGUCGAGCUCGCGAAGCAGGCGGGCCUCUGCCAGGUUGGCGAGCGAGUCGUGGGCGUUCACGACGUGGACCUGUCGCCGGUGAUGAAGAUCAUGACCGUGGAGUGA